CCUUGCUCCAUCCUGGCCUUUGUUUUCCAAGAGCACUUUAUAAAGAGGGUACUGUAUAAUUUCAGAAGUCAAAUUCAAGCACCUUGUGAACCAGCUGCUUGUUUAUCUAGACACAGAAGGAAGUUAAAGGGUCACUGUUCAGCUGCUUAAGUUACGGCAGCCUUUCUCCUAAAGGAAGCAGUGUCAACUGCCUAGUUCAUGGGCGCUGGAUUCAGUGAUGAUGACAUAGCAGAAGUCUCUGAUCUGGGACUCCAUGAUGGUGGGCAGCUGAUCGUCCCACGUAAUGUCAGGCUCCUGCAUCAUAUGCUGUAAUAAAAAAAACUCAUCCAAGAAUGGAGUACAUGAAACGGACACAGCGGCUGAAAAUGUGCAAGAAAAAAUGAAGAUGAAACAACAAAUUACUUUGCUUAAUGGCGUUUCUUUAAUAGUAGGGAACAUGAUUGGUUCUGGGAUAUUUGUGUCACCCAAAGGUGUUUUGAUGUAUAGUGCCUCCUAUGGACUCUCACUAUUCAUUUGGGCCCUUGGUGGGAUCUUUUCGUUGUUUGGAGCUUUGUGUUAUGCUGAACUGGGAACAUCCAUUGUUAAAUCAGGAGCUAGCUAUGCCUAUAUACUGGAAGCUUUUGGUGGAUUCACAGCCUUUAUCAGACUGUGGUCUUCCUUGCUAAUUAUUGAACCAACAACUCAGGCUGUAAUAGCAAUUACAUUUGCUAAUUAUAUUGUUCAACCAAUUUUUCCAUCCUGUGAGCCGCCAUAUGAAGCAGUCAGGUUAAUUGCAGCUGGUUGCAUCUGCACCUUAACAUUUAUUAACUGUGUCAAUGUGAAGUGGGGAACCAGAGUACAAGAUCUGUUCACAUAUGCAAAAGUUAUGGCCCUUAUCAUGAUCAUCUCGGUGGGUCUUUACAAAAUUAGUAAAGGAGAAACAGAAAAUCUUAAAACUCCAUUUGAAGGUUCAACAACUGAUAUAGGAUGUAUAGCACUUGCUCUGUAUUCAGCCCUCUUUUCCUACUCUGGAUGGGAUACCCUGAAUUAUGUCACUGAGGAGAUGAGGAAUCCUGAAAGGAAUCUACCCCUCUCAAUUGCAAUUUCAAUGCCUAUUGUGACCAUUAUUUACUUGCUGACUAACAUAGCAUACUAUGUAGUGUUGGACAUGCAAGCUCUCCUAACAAGCGACGCAGUGGCAGUGACAUUUGGUAAUGAAACCCUUAGUUAUGCUAAGUGGAUAAUUCCUAUUGCAGUGGCCAUGUCCUGUUAUGGUGGCUUAAACUCGUCAACUAUUGCAGCUUCCAGGCUUUUUUAUGUUGGAGCCAGAGAAGGACACCUUCCUGACAGUUUGAGUUUGAUUCAUAUAAAGUGUUUCACACCAAUCCCUGCUCUUUUCUUUAAUGGUUUCAUGACUUUGCUCUACCUCCUUGUGGAAGAUGUCUUUCUCCUCAUUAAUUACUACAGCUUCAACUACUGGCUGUAUGUUGGGCUGUCUAUUGCAGGAUUAAUAUACCUGAGACAUACUCAGCCUGAUAGGCCACGGCCUAUUAAACUCAGCCUCUUCUUUCCUGUAGUAUACUGUUUAUGUUCCAUCUUCCUGGUCAUGGUUCCUCUCUACAGCAAUACAAUCCAUGCUCUCAUUGGAAUUGGCAUAGCCCUCUCUGGAAUUCCUGCAUAUUAUUUGGGAGUCUAUUUACCAUCUGAAAAGAAACCUAAAUGUCUUCAGUGGCUCUCUGCCACAACAACAAAAUAUGUUCAGAUGUUGUUCUACUGUUGUCUGACAGACUUGGACACUCAAGUGGAUCAGACAGAAGCUAAAACCAGAUAGGGUUGUCUGGACAUUUCCAUACUAGAAGCAUUUUUAGAGUCUGAAAUUCUUUGUGUAGGGUUGGUUACACAAAAGCACCAACAAUUACACUGUGCAUCGGUUUGAUGUUAAUUAUUUCUGUGCUUAUUUUAUUAGCCCCUUCACUGCCAAGGGUAUUUACCAAUCCCUGUUCAACAGGAUUUUUUUCUAACUUUGUUUAUUAAUGCUGAUGAUUAGCUGAUGAUUGUGAAGUGCUUUGAAAAUAUAAAGCACUGUAUGAAUAAGCACUUCAUGUUACAUAAGUGUUAGUUUUUGUAAACCUUUUGGAAUAAAUCUAUCCAGUGCAAAGCAGAAGCUUGAGAUAUAAAAAGACAAAUGAAAGAAUAUAAUGCAAAUCAGACACUUACUAGAUUUACAUUUCUAAAGCUGAGGUGGGAGAAUAAUAGAAUCAUAGAAUAUCAGGGUUGGAAGGGACCUCAGGAGGUCAUCUAGUCCAACCCCCUGCUCAAAGCAGGUACAAUCCCCAAUAUUGUUUUUGUUUUUUUGCUCCAGAUCCCUAAAUGGCCCCCUCAAGGAUUGAACUCACAACCCUGGGUGUAGCAGGCCAAUGCUCAGAAAGUCACAAUAUAAAUUUAAGAAUUGUAUUGCAGUUAGAAAAUUUGUUUCUCAGCAAAAAAGUUAAAGUAGGCAGGCAAGCAUUUUCAAAGUAUAAAUGCAUCUCUAGAACAAAAAAAAAAAUCUAAUCCAUGUUCCCCUAAGUAGACCCCGGAAGACACAUUUAAUUUGGUUACAAGAAGAACACAAGGGAAGUGGACUAUCUGAAAAAUAAAAGCUCUGUGCUAUACCUUGUGUGAGGACAUGCAACAAUUAUCAUCUUUUUGCAGUAGAAGCAUUUAGGUGACAAAUUAGUUCAUAGUUGUCAAAGGUAUGCUAGAUCUCUUGCAGAUCAACUUGCUGUGGAAUAGGAUAAAAAGACUGCAAGUUCCACUUCAGUAUAUGCACAUUCAGGGGUAAGCGCAUCACCUUUCUAUGAUGACAUCUUCAUCAUCUGGACCCAUGGAAAAGAAGCCCUUGAGGAAUUCCACCAUGAUUUCAACAAUUUCCAUCCCACCAUCAACCUCAGCCUGGUCCAGUCCACACAAGA